AUGUCAUCUCCACCUUUGUCCCAAGGAUUUGGGUAUGGAAUCGUCCUAGGGUUGGGGUUUGCUUUUGCGUUGGGGAUGAUUGGGACUACUUGGGCUCUCAAGAGGUAUCAAAAUGAGGUCCAAACAUCCGAAAUGUUCAGUACUGCUGGCCGUACAGUCAGGACUGGUCUUGUAGCCUCGGCCGUCGUAUCUUCAUGGACUUGGGCGGCUACCCUUCUGCAGAGCUCCGGCAUUGCUUACCAAUAUGGUGUCUCUGGUCCUUUCUGGUAUGCCUCUGGUGCAACGGUUCAGAUCUUGCUGUUCGCUACCCUCGCAAUUGAGUUGAAGAGGAAGGCUCCCAAUGCACACACUUUCUUGGAGGUUAUUAGAGCUAGAUAUGGCGCCGCGACGCAUGUUACGUAUAUGGUUUUUGGACUUUUUACCAACAUCUUGGUCACGGCCAUGUUGUUAACGGGAGGAAGUGCCGUGGUCAAUUCCUUGACGGGGAUGCCUACGGCCGCUGCGUGCUUUCUCUUGCCCGUUGGUGUCGUCCUAUACACUCUCUUUGGCGGCAUCAAGGCGACCUUCUUGACAGACUAUAUCCACACCGUGGUAAUUCUUGUAGUCAUCCUCAUUUUCGCCUUCACAACAUAUGCCACUUCGGACAUUCUGGGCUCUCCCAGCAAGGUUUACGACUUACUCGUUGAGGCCUCCGCCAGGCAUCCCGUCGCAGGCAAUGCUGGAGGUAGCUACCUCACUAUGCGCUCCAAGGAGGGCGCGAUCUUCUUCAUCAUCAACAUCGUCGGCAACUUCGGCACCGUUUUUCUCGACAACGGGUACUACAACAAGGCCAUUGCAGCCUCUCCAGUUUCUGCUCUUCCAGGAUAUGUCCUCGGUGGCCUUUCCUGGUUCGCCAUUCCAUGGCUUGCCGCGACUACCAUGGGGCUUGCUUGUCUUGCUCUCGAGAAUCACCCUUCGUUCCCCACAUUCCCCGAUCGUAUGCCCGACGCAGAUGUCAAAGCUGGAUUGGUCCUGCCCAAUGCCGCAGUCGCAAUGCUGGGACAGGGUGGUGCUGCUUGCACGCUACUUUUGAUCUUCAUGGCUGUUACUAGUGCCAGCUCUGCAGAGUUGAUCGCUGUCUCGAGUAUCUUUACUUACGAUUUGUAUCAGACGUAUUUCAACCCGUCGGCAACUGGCAAGAAGCUCAUCAUUAUGUCCCACACCAUGGUUGUCGUAUUCGGCGUCCUCAUGGCGGCGUUCAGCACCGGACUCUACUAUGCCGGGGUCUCGAUGGGCUACCUAUACCUCCUCAUGGGAGUAAUCGUCUCUAGUGCGGUCCUACCAGCAUCCCUAACUCUUCUCUGGAAAGGCCAGAACAAAUGGGCCGCCAUGCUUUCGCCAAUCCUCGGAUUGGCCUGUAGCCUUGUCGCUUGGCUGGUCACCACGAAGAAGCAGUUUGGUGAAAUCACCGUCAGUUCGUCGGGGAGCAACGACCCCAUGUUAGCCGGCAACGUCGUGGCCCUCCUCUCCCCACUAAUUUUCAUCCCAAUCCUAACCCUGAUCUUUGGCAUUGACAACUAUGACUACGAAUCCAUGCGAGCAAUCCGCAAAGGCGACGACCACGACAUCGCAGCCGAAGCGCAUAUCGACCUAGAGCUAAUCCCCGGUGAGCGCGCGGGCUCGAACGGCAGCGAGACCGAAGAGGUGGAGCAGAAGAAGCUCGAGAAAGCGGCCAAGAUAGCCAGAAUCACGACCGUCGUGAUGACGCUGAUAUUGCUGGUCCUCUGGCCCUUCCCGCUUUACGGCACUAGCUACAUAUUCUCGAAGAAGUUCUUCACUGGCUGGGUUUCUGUUGGCAUUAUUUGGCUGUUCUUCUCUAUGCUAUGCGUGGGGGUGUAUCCGCUCUGGGAGGGAAGGCAUGCGAUGGCGCAUACCACUAAGAGCAUCUGGCUGGACAUCACCGGGCAGAGGAGACCACCGAUUCAAGGCCGCAUGGCGGACGUGGAGGACGAGAAGCAUACGAAGGAGUUAGAUGAGAAGAAACUACCAGGGGGAGCGACUAGUACUUAGUUAAUCCUAUCGUGGUCCCUUUCUUUUUUCUGUCCCCUCUCCCCCCAUUUUUGGCUUGCUCUGCGUUUCUCAAAUCUUUAGCUGCGGGAGCCCUGUUCUGAGAUGAUUGGGUUUUUUUCGCUUUUUCUGUUUUCUUUCCACAUCGCGCACCCCCCUAAGAAUGAUUACCCAAACUUAAUAAGAAAAAAUUGGUCGAAUUA